ACGAUUUGCCCUACUACUGCUGCCGAGGGAGAUAAGCGUGCGCAGUACUAUUUUAUCUAACGAGACGAUGAAACGGUCAACACUGUGAAAACAAGCUGUUUACUUCAACCUGUAUUUUCUUCUUGAUUAGGACAUUUUUAUUUAGUAAACAAUGGAGGGAAACCCAACAAGUGGCUCAGGUGUGAGUAAAAUGAAAGAUGAGCCCGGUUCGGCGAUGUCAGUAGAGAAUGACAGGAACCAUCAAUCCGGCCGGGACGCGAACUGCGGGACCGACGUCGCUCGAGCUCGCUGGACUCUCCUCAGACAGGUGCUGAAGCAGAAGUCAUUGGACAGCGAGGAGGUCCAGCGGGUGUCCGUCCGCAGGUUCUCGUCCUUCAACCUGUUCUCCAGGUCCAGACUCACCACCUUGGAGCCUGAAGACCCUGCUGACGGGGACUGGGUCGAGUACAGAAGUGCCUCUUUCCCACAGUUCAGUGCCUUACUCAGAGAUAACCUCGGACCAAUCAGAGUGGAUGAGGUCCUCAACAGUUUCGACAACACCGGGAAUGUCUACUCGGUCCUUUGACAGGUCUGUCUCUUUGCACCCCCUGCCUUGCAAGAUUUGGGGCGCAAUGCAUUCUGGGUUCAGCCCACAGAAUUAAGGUACUGUGCAUUCUGGGUGGGGGUGCUCACCCACCCUACCCCACC